UACGCUAAGGUUCGAGCAAACGGGCUGAUUUUUUUACCAAUAAUAGAAGCAUGUUGACACUUUAAAUCCAUAUGGACAAUAUUGGAGAGAGCCUUUAUAAAGUACCACUGCUGACCUCAACAAAAUAAUUUUACUUUUUCACAGAUAGGAUAGAAAACAAUAUACUUAGCAAAGAAUCUCUCUAGGCAUGUCAUUAUCAAUAUAAAGCUUGAACAUGCCUCUUGAAUUGAUAAAAGAAUCAGUUCGUUAGCUCGAGCCAUAGUGGAGAUAUUCAAUUUUUUUCGGCUAAGUGAUUUUUUUUCAAACUGUGAAAUAGUAAAUUUUUCUUGUCUUCAGUCAGUAGUGAUAGUUAACAAAGGAUCUCCCUAGACAUGUCCUUAUGGAUAUAAACUUGGUACAUGCCUCUAUCACUGGUAAAAAUAUCAGCUCAUUUGGUCGACAUCUAGCGGAGAUAUUUUAAUUUCUUAUCGGAGUGUUAUUUAUGAAACAGCCUGUAUUUUCGGACUAGUUGACUACACUCAAUUUGAUUAUCUUUAUCUUGUGUUUUUUUUCGAAUGUUUGAUCUAUCGAACGGAAAAAAAUCUUGUUGAUUAAUUUUUUUUUUUGUCUUGUUAUUCGUUGUUGAGAUCGUUCGAUUUAACUCAUAUUUGAUUAUAGAAGAACAAAUCUACUUGACGACGGUUCGAUUGAAUAUAUAUAUAUUUUGGUUGAUUGUUGAUUAUCUCAAUAUUAUAUUGAUAUGAUAAAUUUCGAUUUAUUUCGAAUAUAUUCUUUCUCUCUCUAUAUAUGUUCAAUCAGGGAAUUUUUUUCUAUUAAACUAUGUCAAAUAUUGAAUUGUUCGAAUAAAUAAGAUUUUAACAAUCGUUUAUAGUAAAAGGUCGAUUGUGAUUAAAUAAGAUGAUGUUGUUGUUAGAUAGUGAUGCUUUGAAAUGAGACACUCUUUAUCAAUAUUUUGUUUCUAUUUCGAAUUGAAUUUAUUGAUAUAAUUGAAAACUGUUAUUCAACUAAUCGGUUAUGGUAACCAUUUAUUUAAAUCUUUCAUUAUUUUACUGGUCAAUAUUCAAUAAAAACUUAGGACAACCUCUUUUAAAUAUGAUUGAUCUUCUUUACCGAUAUUUUCUGAUCGACGAAAAGGAUUUUUAUAAAAAAAAAAAACGUUCACUAGUUUAUUAGUAGUUAUUGAUGAAAUUGUAGACGGAAAUGAUUAAAGUAUCUGAUAAGUUGACUAUUUAACCUAUGAAUAUAUAGCCGAUCCUCUUAUUUAACUGAUCAAUGAUCUCUCUAUCAUUGUCAAUUGAUAGUAAACGUUGAUUAUGUAAUAGAAUAUAAAAUUGUUUUAUAUAUGAUAUAAAUAGAACGAGAUAAUAUUUAUCGUUUAGAAAUAAAUCAACUAUCUAUUAUCAAUCGUCUUGAAGAACAUUUAAAUAAAAUAAUAAAAAAUUCGUUUCGAAAUUUAAAUUCUCUAUUUGACAUUGACACUAAAUAAAAUGAUUCUCAUUAUUAACAACUAAAAUAAUUUCGAUUUUUUGAAAAAAGAAGAAGAUCUAAAUUGGUUCGAUGUCUCAUUUCUAUAGAAGAAUUCGAUCUUUGACAAAUUUCUAGAGAAUGAUUAAUUCUUUCUUUUAAAUUUAUCGUUGAGAAAUGUUUUCUCAACUAUUCGUCUAAAAAUUGAUUCUUAUGUUUUUUUUUCUAUUAUAUUGAUUAUAUAGAAGUCUGAAUAUAGAAAAGUCGCUCCAAUAAUCAAUGAUCGAUUUUCAUAAGAUUUAAUAACGUUUGAAAAAAAAAUACACAUCAAUAAUCUAUUUCAAAAUUGUUUUAUUUAGACAAUAAAAGUUGAAUUUGAAAUAAUUGACUUAUAUUCAAUCGUUAAGUCAGGUUUAUAUCUAUGCGGUGAAUAUGAUAAAAAUGGUAAAUAUUUUAUUUAUAUUAAAAAAAAAAUAAAUGUGGAAACCUCGGAUUUAAAUCCGAGAGUUAUGUGUACUUCAAAAAGUGAAUGAGGCAGAUGAGUCAUCCUAGAAUGUGGAGACAUAAAAAUUAUCCUGGCAAACUUUUUCUAUAAACACUUGAUUUCUAUUGGCUACUGCUCAACCAAUAGGAUUUGGGGUAAAUACAGCUCAGAUUUGAACUCUUCGUCUUGAUUUACCCUAAGAAAGUCUUUUUUCCUAUAACUUGAUUGCUAUUGGUUACUGCUCAACCAAUGGAAUUUCGAGGCGAAUGGAGCACAUAUUCGAGUUCUCCACCCCAGAAAACCUCGAACUAUCAUCUGUAUGAUCGGAAGAUAGAGCUCUAAUUGUAGAUCAAUUAGAGCGUGGACAAGAACAAAACCAAAUUCCGUUUAAUUAUCUUUGCAAUAGGUGAGUUAGCUUUCUUGUUUCUUUAUGUUUUAUAUACCAUUUUGUAGCUCGUGAAAUUCUCUAUCGAAUGGUAUAUAAUAGUUGGGGUUUUAUUUAACUAUGAUAGGAAAAGUUGUUUACGAAAGCUGGGAUCGGUCGAUUUUCGCAUAGGAAGCCAUAGGGAAAAAUGACUAUUUUUGCAAUAACUCACGAAUGGCUCGGUCGAUCAUGCUCAUCUUCGAACUCGACCGAGAUAUUGUUAAGACUAAACUGUGUAGAAAAUUUCAUCGUGAUCGGACUCUCCUUUCAAAAGUUAUCGUGUUAACGGCCGGACGGCCGGCCGGACGGCCGGACACACUGACCGAUUCUAGAGUGUACUCACUUUUUGAGUACACAACAAAUAUUUUAUUAUGUUAAGUAUAUUCUCUUUAUCGAAUUGAAUCAAUUAUUGAUAAAUCUUUACCUAUUAUUUUAUUUGAUAACACUUCCAUGUUUACCAAAAUCAAUUUCAUUUUAUAAAAACACUAUUUUAUUUUAAUUUACAUUGAAUUAUAAUUAAACGGGUAAAAUAUAUCUUUUUAGAAAUAUUCUUGGAAUAAUAAUAUACAUAUUAAAUAUAUUAAAUAUAUAAUAAUAAUAAAAAAAAAUAAAUCAUAUAAUGAUAACAUAACAUCUGCACAAAUUCAUCGAAAUGAAGAAUCUAUUGCAUUAGGAAGAUAAUCUGGUCGAAUUGCUCUUUGCUCACAAACGAGAUUUUAUUCUUAUAUAUUUAAAUAAUUUCGAUUUUUUAUUUAUAGGUAUAGUUUUAUAAAUUCAACAAAUAAACAACCAACAAUAUCAUAUUUACAUUGGUAUUCAUUAUCUCUCCUUUGUUUAACAUUUUCAUUUGAUCGCCUUCAUAUUAUUGGAAGUAAUUUAUCAAUUGAACAAACAAUUGGUGGAAUUAAUCAUAUCUUUCUUCCUCAACAAGCUUCUUUGCCAGCUGUUGAAGAACAAGAAAAAUUACGUCAAAAUGCUCGUACAAUGUUAUCAAUAAUUCAACGUACGAAAGUUCAACUUAUUGAAUUACGUCCAACAAUAAAUGAUGAAGCUGAUCAAAAACUUAAAGUUUGUUUUUUUUUGAAAUUCAAAAUCAAU